GAGCGUCAGCGAUGGCAGCAACGGGUGUCAGAGCUACAAGCCCUCAAGUCCCAGCAGGUUGCAGCCAUCACAGCGGAUGGUGAGCGCCGGCGCGUCGAGGCCCUUGACUAUGUAGAGCAGCAGAAGCAGCUCGAGGAUCUCGUCGAGGAGGUUCAGUCGCUUCGCGAUGAUCUGUCGCAGGUUGAGAGAAGUGCUGCGUCAACCGUCAGGGAGGCAGUCGUUUGUUUGGAGCACGGCUUCGCCAAGCGCUUGGUGGAGAAGGCAGAGAAGCGGCAGUUGCAGUACGAG